AUGAUGAAAGUACAUCCAAAAAUUCCUCCGAAUUAUGGUAAACGAAAACAUAAAAAAAGUAAUAAAUGGUUUGAGAAAACGAGUCUUAAGCCUAAAACGGACGAUGUCGGGCCCUUAUCAUUGUUGGCAGCCAGCUUGCGACAUCAGACUACUGAGUUCUUCAACAAAUCCACGUUACACGGUGUUCGUUAUAUUACAGAGAAAGAACGACCGUUUUGUGAGAAGUUUAUGUGGUUCAGUUUCACAGCCAUAGGAGCCGUCGCUACUUGUAUUAUUAUUGUAAGUCUAUGGGAAAAAUUUCAAACUAAUCCAACAAUUACAGGCUUAGAUACUGAUUUUCAUAACUGGGACGUUCCUUUUCCGGCCGUCACAAUGUGCGAUCAAAAUCCUGUAGACGAAGAACUCCUUCAAGAAUAUAUUGAAAAUAUUUGGGGUUCUGAGCCUCCUGCAAAAGCUGAAGAUAUGCUACGAUGGUUGGCAACUCUCAGCUAUCAAUCCAUAGCAGCGAGGUCGUCUGAAUUUACUACGAAGCCCGACCUCGUAGGUCGAAGUCAGAAUGAUGGCCCUGAACCAGCAUUGAAACCUAAAGAUGCAGUUCUUAGCAUUGUAUCGCAUUCUGAGAAUGUAUUGUAUGAUUGCGAAUGGAAAGGCGAUUCUGAAGAGUGUUCUGAUUUACUAUCACCAGUAUUUACGGAAAUGGGGUUCUGUUAUGCCUUUAAUUCACGACAUGCUGAAAAAUCUUGGCCUUGGCAGGGUCAACCUGAGCCUUUCGCAGUGGCUUUUAUUCACGAAACCGACGAUAAGUGGUCCUUCUUGUUUAAUUCCCUUCGCAACGACACUACCAUAGAUAUUUAUAUACAUUCUUCAGAAGAAAUAGCUGGUUUAGAACAAAGCCCUCAGCAUUCUUGGGAUCGACGCGUCGAAAAAGUUUCUUUUUCAGUUAAACAUACAUACACCACAGAGGAUGCCCGCCAGCUUUCGAUACGCCAACGGCGAUGCGUUUUCCAUGAUGAGCAGAUUCUAGAAACGUCAAAUAUUUACACGUAUUCGGCUUGUAUGCGACAAUGUCGAAUGCAGCGAUGUCGGUCAUUUUGCAAAUGUGUACCGCACUUUUAUCCAGCUAUCAAAGGCUAUAGAUAUUGCACAGUGAAGGAGUUAGAAUGCAUCGCUAAGCAUGUGACCGCGAUCACUGAUAUCACUCAUUGUUUGUGUGAAUUAGGAUGCUCCCACACUGUUUAUGAAGUUGAAAAACUUACAGAUAUUGAUACUAGCAAAGGCUCGACAGCGACAAAUUCCUUAGAAACUGAGUUUGUGUCUUGGCCGAUGGUGCGAUAUAAGCGAGAGGUGCUUUUUGGAUGGGUGGAUCUUUUAGUGUCGUUUGGCGGUAUAGCUGGAUUGUUCCUUGGUUUUUCCCUUCUAUCGGGAGUGGAACUUAUUUACUACUUCACACUACGCGCGUGUUGCUCCGCCGUGCGCGACAAGGAAAUGCUGAUACAAGAGCGCACUGAGCGACUCUCUAAGCCGAAACCACCGCACAAUCUAAGCUUAGUGCCUUGGUGGAAAGAACCCCCGAUGAGCCCAGCCGAGAUGCCGAUAAAACUGAAGGUCAAUGACAUUCAACCGCCUCAGUACUCCCCACCGCCGGGCUACUCAGAGUACCUGCCG